CCCCCCGUGGGUGGGGUGCCCGGGCAGGAUCGGCCGCUCGCGCUGUCCAUCCGCGCCCCGGGCCCGGGUCUGGGUUUCCGGCGGCCACGGGGGGAUCGCGAGGGGGAGGAUGGGGAGGAGAAGGACCCCCGGGGGACCCUGUGGCCGGGCCGGGACCCACGCGGCGGCUGCUUUUGUGCUCCUAGCCAGCCUGCUCUCCAGCUGUGGGUCUGGGAGAUUCUGAUUUUCCCAGAAAAGGGCUUGUCGUUCGGACCAGGAGAGGAGAUGCUUUUCAGAAAGAAGAAAUGAUGUAAAUUACUUACUCUGCAAACUUUAAGGUCAAAGGUGAGAAGGGAGGUCAGGAAGAACAUGGCCUGGCCAAAUGUUUUUCAGCGAGGAUCUCUGCUGUCCCGGUUCAGCCAUCAUCAUGUCGUAGUGUUCCUGCUCACCUUCUUCAGUUAUUCGUUGCUCCAUGCUUCACGAAAAACAUUUAGCAAUGUCAAAGUCAGUAUCUCCGAGCAGUGGACCCCAAGUGCUUUUAACACGUCAGUUGAGCUGCCUGUGGAGAUCUGGAGCCACAACCAUUUGUUCCCCAGUUUGGAGAAAGCGACUCUUUUCCUCGGAACCCUGGAUACCAUUUUCCUCUUCUCCUAUGCUGUGGGCCUUUUCAUCAGUGGCAUCAUUGGGGAUCGGUUGAAUUUACGAUGGGUUCUGUCUUUCGGCAUGUGCUCUUCUGCCUUAGUGGUCUUUGUCUUUGGAGCGCUCACAGAAUGGCUGCAUUUCUACAACACGUGGCUGUACUGCUGCCUGUGGAUUGUGAACGGCCUGCUGCAGUCCACUGGUUGGCCCUGUGUGGUUGCUGUUAUGGGCAACUGGUUUGGGCAAGCCGGACGAGGAGUUGUUUUUGGUCUCUGGAGUGCCUGCGCUUCAGUGGGCAAUAUUUUGGGAGCGUGCCUAGCUUCUUCUGUUCUUCAGUAUGGUUAUGAGUAUGCCUUUCUGGUGACGGCGUCUGUGCAGUUUGCUGGUGGGAUCGUUAUCUUCUUUGGACUCCUGGUGUCACCAGAAGAAAUUGGUCUUUCAGGUAUUGAGGCAGAAGAAAGUUUUGAAGAAGACUCACACAGGCCAUUAAUUAAUGGUGAAAAUGAAGACGAAUCUGAGCCGAAUUAUUCAAUCCAAGAUGAUAGUUCUGUUGCCCAAGUCAAGGCAGUAAGCUUCUACCAGGCCUGUUGCCUUCCUGGAGUCAUACCGUACUCACUGGCCUACGCCUGCUUGAAGUUGGUGAAUUACUCCUUCUUCUUCUGGCUGCCCUUUUAUCUGAGUAACAACUUCGGCUGGAAGGAGGCGGAAGCCGACAAGCUGUCCGUUUGGUACGACGUUGGCGGGAUCAUAGGUGGGACUUUGCAGGGCUUCAUCUCUGACGUACUACAGAAGAGAGCACCAGUUCUUGCCCUGAGUCUGCUUCUGGCAGUUGGGUCCCUCGUAGGGUAUAGUCGUUCUCCAAACGAUAAGUCCAUCAAUGCCCUUCUGAUGACUGUUACAGGAUUUUUUAUUGGUGGACCUUCGAAUAUGAUUAGCUCUGCAAUUUCUGCGGACUUGGGUCGCCAGGAGAUCAUCCAAGGGAGCAGUGAGGCUUUGGCCACUGUCACAGGAAUUGUUGAUGGUUCGGGGAGCAUCGGAGCUGCCGUGGGCCAGUAUUUAGUGUCUCUGAUCCGGGACAAGCUAGGAUGGAUGUGGGUUUUCUACUUUUUCAUUCUCAUGACAAGUUGUACAAUUGUGUUUAUAUCGCCGUUAAUAGUGAAGGAAAUAUUCUCUCUCAUGCGAAGGAGACAAGCUCACAUAUUGAGGGAGUGACUGGUGCCCGAGAGACAGAACAAUGUCAGCCACAUCAGGACCAUUAGGGCUUCGAAUCUGCCCUAUUCAGGGUUUGUCCAGGAGCUCCAGCAUGACCUUGGACUGUCAGACCUUCUCAACACUGCCAGCCACCUGAGAUCUGACCAGCCGUGAAGGCUGCGCUGGUUUUUUACACUACAGGAAUUACUGCUGACGAUUUUUUUUGUUGUUUCAUGAAUGUGCCGAAUGACCUCUGACUCUGCCAUCAUCUUUGUUUGGCGUGUUGAGGUUUAUCCUUAACUGUUGUUUUGGACUUGGACUUUCUCUAGCCUGGAAAAUUGAGUGAACAGAAGGCAAAGCCACCCGUGGUUUAUAGUGGUGAUUUGUUCCACAAAUGGAAGAGAUCAUUGCAUUUCGCUUUGGUAAUGAGUUUAUAUAGAGUGGCUCAUCUUUCAAGCAUCAAAUCCUGAUAAAAUGCUCAAGCUGGACCAAGCUGCAAGCUUGUCUUGGACAAAGAAUCCCUCUGUUCACUGUGGUGGGAAAGCUUUCAUUACAUGCCUCCUGACUGGCUCAGCCACUCUGUGUCUGAUCUCAAAGCCAUUCAGCCCAGAAGCACAAAAUAUCUUCAAAUUAUUGUCAACUUGUUCUCCUCCAUCUUCAUUCAAACGAGCGUGGACUCCUGGGAGUAUUUAGUCUUCUUUUCAAGGACAUUAGUUAUCUUGAACAUUCCGAUGUGUAACUUGCAACUCAAGCACGCAGUCCCAGAUUUGUUGUCUGGGAACCUUAGGAUCCUCUAGGAUGCUAAUCUGCUUAGUCUAUUUUUAAAGGAUUAUCUCUGGCACAGCUGGGUUCCUGGAGUUACCUCAGCAGAAGACUAGAAUUAGAGAAAAGGGAAAGACCUUUUGUUCUAGUAAGUGUCAAGUACAGAUGCGCUAUGUACCUAUGAUACCUAUGUACCCUAUGAUGGGGUUAUGUCCCAGUAAACCCAUCGGAAGUCAAACGUAUUUCAUACACCUGACCUACUGGACAUCAUAGCUUAGCCUCACCUAUCCUAAUAUACUCAGAACACUCUGAUCAGCCUACAGUUGGGCAGAAUCAUCUAACACAAACUCUAUUUUAUAAUCAAGUGUUGAAUAUAUCACGUAAUUUAUUGACUACUGUACAUUAUGUUGAAAUUGCAACCAUUUCUCACCACUGUAAAGUCCAAACAUCAGAAGCUGAGGACUGUCUGUGACAUUGAAUCACAUUAAUGGAUUACUAGGGCCUGCGGGGUAUUCAUUCUUUAGAGAAAUAUAUAUAUCUUCAGGGCUGUGAAUUCUGUACUAGUGAAUUCUGAUCAAUAUUUUAAGAUCAUUCUGUAUAUAUAUAUAUAUUUUUUAAGUUAUAUAAGCAAGCUAGGAGGAGAACGUGCAAUUUUGAGGGAUUCCUAAUUUGCAUUGGGUUAGGGAAUAUUUUUCAACCUCUUGCUUUAUACUCUUAUAUGGGGUGUGUUUAUGAACUUGUUAAUGUUAUUUAAUCAUGCAGAUUUCCAAUCAGUGUAUUGCUUAUUUACUGACAAAAAGGGAAAAUAUGAAACACAGAAAGGGACAAUAAACUGACUUUCAUAAA